AUCACAAAAAGCAUCAUGUGUUCUCUAGCCUUGAGGCUCGUGUUUCUCAACCUUCUUUUUACUUUGCUCAUCACUACCUCUGCUUCCAAUGGCGAUGGAAGAAAGAUUUAUAUAGUGUACAUGGGGAGCAAGCCAAAGGACUCAUCUCAAGCUCAUUUGCACCAUCGGGCAAUGUUGGAAGAAGUGGUCGGAAGUGCUUUCUCUGCCGAAUCUAUAGUGUAUAGUUACAAAAGAAGUUUCAACGGAUUCGCAGUGAAACUCACAGAAGAAGAAGCUCAAAGGAUGGCCGAUAAGGAAGGUGUGGUGUCUGUGUUUCCAAGUAAAAAUAACAAACUGCAAACUACAAGAUCAUGGGAUUUCAUAGGUUUUACACGAGAUGUUCCUCGAAUACCUCAACAGGAAAGCGACAUCAUUGUGGGAGUCUUUGACACCGGAAUUUGGCCGGACAGUUUAAGUUUCCACGACCAAGGUCUUGGUCCUCCACCGCCCAAAUGGAAGGGUACUUGUGAAGCCUCCGCCAACUUCCGUUGCAACAGAAAAAUCAUCGGAGCUCGAGCAUACCGAGCAGUGGGCCCUCUGCCCCCUACUGAGGCUUGGGGACCCAUCGAUACAAACGGCCAUGGGACGCACGUUGCAUCGACGGUGGCUGGUCGUCUGGUGGAUAAUGCAAGCUUAUACGGGUUUGGGCUGGGGUUGGCGAGAGGAGGGGUUCCCUCUGCCCGCAUUGCUGUGUACAAAGUAUGCUGGGGAAGAACGUGCGAGGAUGCUGAUAUGCUUGCGGCAUUCGACGAUGCAAUAGCCGACGGUGUUGAUAUUUUAUCUCUUUCAAUUGGCGGUCUAGUGAGGCCUUUCUUUCAUGAUGGCAUUGCCAUUGGAGCUUACCAGGCCAUGAGAAACGGAAUACUGACCUCCAACUCCGCCGGCAAUGAUGGUCCUAAUUGGUAUACCACUGGAAGUUUGGCCCCAUGGAUGCUAUCUGUCGCUGCUAACACCAUUGACAGGAACUUCGCAGCACAUGUACAACUUGGAAAUGGAAAUGUGUACCAGGGAGUUGCAAUCAACUUAUUUGAUCUUGGGGGAAAGCAAUAUCCGUUAGUUUAUGCUGGAGAUGUGCCCAAUAUCGGUGGAGGAUUCAAUAGCAACAUCUCGAGAUUUUGUGGUGUGAACUCGGUGGAUCGGAACUUGGUGAGGGGAAAAAUUGUUUUGUGUGAUUCUUCGGGUGCAAGUUUCCCUUCUCUAAAUGGCGCAGUGGGCGUGGUGAUGGAAGGCACCACCACGUGGCAAUUGAUUCGAACCUUUCCCUUGCCCGCUUCCCACUUCAACCCACCGAGCGCCAACCCAAUUAGGCUCUAUAUCACUUCAAACCCAGCUCCCACUGCCACCAUUUUCAGGAGUGUGGAAGUCAACCACACGAAUGCUCCUGUUGCAGCUGACUUCUCCUCUAGGGGACCCAAUGCCAUAUCCCCCAACAUUCUGAAGCCGGAUUUGAGUGCUCCUGGAGUUAAUAUUCUAGCUGCAUGGCCUCAAAACGUGCCCAUCUCUCCUGGAGAUCCAUUGUCGUCGCCUUAUAAUUUUGCGUCAGGCACAUCCAUGGCUUGUCCUCACGUCACUGCAAUUGCUGCAUAUGUAAAAACUUUCAAUCCCUGGUGGUCGCCAGCUGCCAUAAAGUCAGCUCUAAUGACAACCGCUUUUCCCAUGGAUGUCAAAGUCAAUAGACAAGCAGAGUUUUCAUAUGGUUCAGGCCAAAUCAACCCACUCAAGGCAGUAAAUCCAGGGUUGGUCUACAAUGCAAGUGAAAGCGACUACGUGGAAUACUUGUGUGGGAUACCGGGCAUCACCCCUGCCCAGCUCCGACUGAUCACUGGUGAAGAUAUUAUUUGUACUGACAGCAACACUGGACGUGACUUGGAUCUAAACUAUCCUUCUUUUGCUCUGUUCAUGGGGCGUGGUCAAUCCCUCCGUGUAUUCUUCCCAAGAACACUCACAAACGUUGAAGCUACAGUGUCCACAUACAGAGCUACGGUUUAUUCUCCUCCAGGACUCAACGUCCAAUUCAAAGUGGAUCCUCCUGCUUUGACAUUCCAUGGCAUUGGAGAUACCAAAUCAUUCACGCUGGGUGUUCAAGGAUGGCUGUCCGCAACCGAUCCCACAACAGUUUCUGCAUCUUUGGUGUGGAGCAAUGGUGUUCGUGAAGUUAGGAGCCCUAUAGUAUUGUUUUAAUUCACCCAAUAAUAAUCUUAAACCUUGGGCCCCUAUUUGUUUUAAGUUUGAACAAAGGAAAUGAAAAGUGUGGGGAGCUGGGACACUGUUCUUUGGCUUCCUAUCACUUUCAUUUUGGCUCGUCUCUCAUCCUCCUCUAAAUUGGGUUUCCCUCUAAAUAAAAUGCAUUAUUAAAUACU